GACGUGCAUCGUGGAAAGCGGACGAUUUUCACUAAAUCCAUUCUUGUUGACCCAUAAUACUCUGAAAUUUAUUUUUGCUUAUAAAUGACAAGAAUUUUAACAACCUGAAAAAUGGGCAAGAAUAAAGCACAAAGGACCAAAAAUAAUGCUAGGCCAUCAAGCAGUGGUCGUAGCGCUCAACUCUUGGAGACGAGUGCUGCGUUCUCUACACAGGCAGAGGGUUUCGGAUCACCUUUGCCCUCGUUUGCUGGGCUUUCGAAUUUAACUCUUGACGAUGGAGAGUCGCAAUCCCUUGAUCCACAAACUCAACUCAUUUUGAAAAAGCUGAACAAGAAAGAUGCAGUGACAAGACUUAAGGGACUGCAUGAGCUUGGUGACGUUUGUUCCAAAGCUAAGGAGCAAGAAAUGAAGACGAUCGUCAAACUCUGGCCUAGGAUGUUUUCCUCCUUGGGUACAGACCCAGACCACAGAGUUCGCGAGGCAACUUUCGUAGCUCACAAGCAUCUAGCCAAAAAGGCUGGUCGAAAUUUGGCACCACAACUGAAAAGCCUCUGCGGACCUUGGUUUGUUGGCCAAUUUGACACUUUUGCACCAGCAGCUAGUGCUGCCAAAGCUGCUUUCAAGGAAUUAUUCCCAGAGCAAAAGUACCAAGAGGCAAUCAAGUACUGUCAAAAUGAGAUUAUGUCUUACAUUUCUGAAAACCUGCUUAGCCAGACUGUGGAAACUGUUGCUUAUGAAAAGUCCCUGUUGCCAGAUGAGCUGGAAGCUAGAUUGGAAAGAGUCCUUUCAAGCAAUCUACUUGCAUACAAACUUUUGAUAACAGAACUUCCAGCUGGUCAGCUGAAGAGUUUGGUAGAGGCAAACAAGGCACUUACUUCGUCCAGCAAAUUCUGGAAACUGAGCAAGCACAAGUCUCCUUUGGUCAGACGAGCUUGGUUCACAGCCCUAGCCUCUAUUUUGCACUCUGCUGAUUUUCUCCUUGAAGGCCAUGGGGCCCAAACGGUGCCAGCAGUGUUCGGAAGUCUGGACGAACAAGAUCCGACUGUCCUAUCUUCGGUUUGGGAUGCAGCCUUGUGUUCAAUCAUUGCCAUCAAAGACUGCUGGUCUCAUGUGAAUUGUGAGAAAGUGGUGUUUCCAAAGUUGUGGCACAUUUUAAGAGAGGGGGGUUACGGAAAUGCCGCUUCCAUUUUUCCAAACAUGCUUCCUCUUGUCAGCAAAGUUGAGCCUCAGGACAAGAAUGUUUUCUGUUCAAAAUUCUUCUCUAACAUGCUGAUAGGGCUUGAGCAAAAGUCAGUUCAGCAGAGCAUGUCCGAAUGCAGUGCUAUUGUCAUUGCUUACAUUGAAUGUCUCCGAUACAUUGCUGGAAGAGAAGAUGCCCAGGAAGCAAAAGAAGCUUUGAUCAAGCAACAGCUCUUGCCUUUUCUCGAUGCCUGCAUCUUGGAUCGCAAACUGCACCUGACAGUGAACGCCCUUGCUUUGCAACUUUCAGACUUGCUUGACUCUUGGAGUAACAGUUCCCUGGCAGAAUUAAUUUGGAGUCACUUUCAGUCGAUGUUGUCCGACUUUAACAAAAAUGAAGAACUCAACUACCAGUCUUUCAUGGAUCUGAUCGUCCUGCUUGCCGAUCCAUCAAAAAUCAAGAAGCCCAGAAGAGUGAACUUUGCUGAAGCUGACAAGGAGGAUUCUCCGAGGCUAGAGAUUUUGCCUGAGGAUAAACCGAGAGUUCCGUAUUGGAUCCCUCUGCACAAGAUUGCUACAACUGCUGCCACUUCUGUGCUUGACGCUGCGUUAAUCUCUAAGCAGUCUGAAAAAUUAGUUUCGACGCUUUACUUCAUCACAAAGUCUUUCAAGGGCGAGGAAUUUUUCAAGACUGUUAGACCUGCAGCUAUUGAUUUUUACGAGGAUGUUUAUAAACUGUUAACUGAGGAGCGCGGAGACAAGAAGCAGUUGAUUCAACUCAUCUUCAUGCUUUUUGAGUUCCUUAAUGACGAGGAAAAGCUGAGGGCCUAUGAUAACUUCACAAAGAUUGACGAUCGAUCUGUUCUUCUCUGCUGCAUCAACGAGGCUAUAAAUGCUGAUAAAAUGGGUGAAAAGUCCGUCAUUGUUUGGCUUCGAAGCCCAAGCAUGAGUGAAGUCAUGCUAACCCUUGCAAAGGAAGUGUCCAACGUCCUUGAGUCUUCAGAGAAGCAGAAAUCUACUGCGUGGGCAAUUUUGAAGCUCUGCUUCUCCCCAUCUACACAAAGUGACAGGGAGAUUUUUGCAAACUUCAGCACCGUGUCAGCAAUCAUGCUUGUUUUUUGUGAAGCUUUGGCAAUUCCAAAAACAGCCUUGGACGACAGAGCCACUCUGGAAUCUUAUGCAAAUUUCAUUGGCGAACUAACCAACUCUCUCUUCAGUCAGCAGUUCAAGCUCUGUGAUAAAACCCUACAAGAGCUGCUCUUUGGAACUUUCAAACUGUGUUGCUCGGCUGUCGGCCUGAGCCAAUCUGCUUCAAACAGUCUGCAAAACGCCCUUGUCAAUGGAAUUCUGCACUUAAAAAACUCCGGUGCUGAUAUGACUGAGCUAACAAAAAAGUUUGCCGCCACUGCUCGACUAGAGUUCUCCUUCUUGAAUGUGAAACCAGUCACAUGUGUUGGCCAAUUUCUUUCAGCUGUCAAUUCAAAAGACGCUCUUGACCUUUUUCUGAAUGAACAGUCUAAAUACAAAAGUUGGCUAAAGCAACUCGAAGACGCAUGUGCUCUUAAUGAAAUCGUGCAAGGAGCGCACUGGCUAAGUGACAAACCUAUUCCAAUUGCAACCAGCGUUGACUGCAUCUUUGAUUUCACUGUUGAAACUCUGCUUAGAGCCAAUCUUCUUAUGGACAUUCAAAAUCGACUGGAGGAGUAUUCUCGAGAUGCCAAAGAUCAGGAGUGCUUAAGGCUUGAAGAUGAGGAGCCUAUACAAGGAGAUUCUGAAUUUGAAGUGGCCUAUCAAGAAGCAUUUUAUGAUGAAUUUUUCAAUGUUGUGCAAGCCUUUGUCAUUUGUGACAGAACUGUCGCCAAUUACAAAAAUAAUCCGAACUGCUCAAAAAUAUCUGUGGACAUUUCCCUUUUGAAGAAUGUGGUGGAGUCUCUUUGGAAGCAUAUUUAUCCCUAUAAAACUGAACAGUUUUCCAACACUCUCAUUAAACAACUGAAAUCAGGAGAUUAUUGUAGUUCCUGGGUAGUGCUUCAGCUAUGUAAUUGGGACAAUCUCCAUUGCAAAAAGCUAUACUUGGAACUUUCUAAGCAAUCGGAUGAUAUUGAGCCUUGGAGAUUGUGGAUGUAUCAGUCUCAAAGCAUCCUUUUUGAGGAAAAAGUCUCCUCUCGAUACCAUGAAGAAGGACUUUCUCUUCUGGAGAAACAAGAUCCAAUGAGUGCCCAAUAUUAUGCCGAUUUCCAUGCCUUCAGGAAGCACACUGAUGAUGUAGACAAGUUGCUGGCUUUGAUCAUCAAGUGGAAUAAGCUUGACUACUGGAAAUCUGUCUUUGAUCAGGAUAUGGAGCACCACAACAAGUUCAUAGCUGUGAUCAAGUUUUUGACCCGCAUGACUGAAAUUCAAGCCCACAAAAUUAUCCAUACACAGUGGGACACGAUUCUCUGCUCUUUGGCUUCCUACCUUCAAGAUGCAAAGAAGUUUUUGACGAUGCAACCAACCAAUCCUAUUCAUGCUGCUAAACUGGUUGCUCUUUGCCCUUUGGUGAAGAAUAUCCAGUUUUUCAUGAAGAGACUAGAGAAAAGUUCGGGAGUUAAACCAAACCUGAGCAACCCUGAGCAUCUCUUGGAUGAAUGGAGGGCUCUUUUUGUGCCUGAAUUUUACUCAAUUUUGAUGUCUUUUUUCUAUAAUGCACUUGAUUCUACGAUUGUUCCACUGUUUGAGCAGACAAAGGUUUCUGCAAUUGGAGCGUGUCUUGCAAGCGCUCCACAAAAUUGGUUGGCGUCUCAUUCCCCUCCAAAACACAUGGUCAAACAACACAGGCUAAUUUCUAAUCAGGAUAAAAAUGUGCAAGACACUGUCCUCGUUUUGGCUCCACUUCUUCAUUCAUCUGAGCGGAACCUGAAAGUUACGGCUUACCACUUGCUCAAGAAACUUCUGAAAGAGCUAGUUAAAAAGGAUGAGGAUUACUUACUGUCCAUGGAGACUGACGCAGUUGACACGAAGCUACUAGCCUGUGAACUCCUACAAGCAGAACUUUCUCAAACCCACACAGUUGUGGAGGCAAUGCUGAUGGACUUCAGAGUUGGAGACUGCUGCAUAGUCCAGCCUUUUACCGACAGCCAUAUUUACACUUAUUCCUACUUUAUGAUUUGGAGUUUGCUGCUCGACAUGUGCAAAGAAGCCAAGUCGGAGCUUCGAUACCAACUCUCCUGCUGGCUAAACAAUGGUGGCUACACAAAGACAAUGCUGGAAAUAGUUUUCCGUCUGAUGCCGGACUACGUAAUCCAGCCAUUCCACGCCAAUUCUGACAGGUUAGUCAGCAAAGAAGCUGCAGACAUGUUCACCCAUGAACACAGCCCCAGCUACGAGGGGACCUACACCAGUGGCAGCAUCAUGAAAAUGGCCUGCUGGAUAUACUUGAAGAGCUUGCUUCACCUUCCCGCCUUGGUUCGAGACUGGUGGACGUCUCUGGACCCGCAGAUAGCAGGAUUGGUCGAACGACUCACUGCCUCACUUGUGUCCAAACAUGUGAUAGGAAUUGAAAUGAAGUCAGUACUGGAGCGCAAGGAGAGCUGUUCUGGACUUGAGAUCAAAGUGCACCCCCUUGCUAGAGAAGUCAUUGCUGCUUACACGAUUGAUGAGGUCAGGAUGGAGCUAACAGUGACUAUGCCUGCAAACCACCCACUGGGACCGAUCAGGGUCGAGGGCAAUAAUACUAUUGAUAUUGCCAAGUGGAAGCAGUGGGUCAAACAACUCACCAUUUUCUUAACUCAUCAGAACGGGUCUAUCUGGGAUGGUCUGAUGCUGUGGAAGAGGAAUCUGGACAACAAAUUCCAGGGAGUCGAAGAGUGCUACAUCUGCUACUCCAUCCUGCACAGCUCCAACUACCAGAUUCCAAAGCUUUCCUGCCGAACGUGCCACAAGAAAUUCCACUCGUCGUGUUUGUACCGUUGGUUCCACACCAGCAACAACUCAACCUGUCCACUGUGCAGAAAUCUUUUCUAGUUCAAUCAUUAUUUAUUUUAAUUUCAUUGCUUUUAAAAGAACAAAUGCACAAGUGUCUACAGAUUUAUACUUCUUUUAAAUUCUUUGAUGUGAAGUUUUCAAGGGUAUCAAAAUAAAAAGUUAUUCAUAUUUAAAAAAGGGAA